UUUUGAACCUCCCCGACAUCGACAAUCUACACCCCCGGCAACCACCAAAAGUCACGUCAAGAUGCGGUACAUUCACUCCGAGGAACGGCUGCCCAUUCUGGACAAUGUGAAGGUCCACAUUAAGUCCCGCGUCGUGACUGUCGAGGGUCCCCGCGGCAAGCUCGUCAAGGAUCUCUCCCACAUUGCCGUCACCUUUGGCCGCCCCGAGCAGAACGUUAUCUCCAUCGAGCUGCACCACGGUGCUCGCAAGGGUGUUGCUACCCUCCGUACCGUCCGUACCAUCAUUAACAACCUGAUGAUCGGCGUUACCCGUGGCUUCAAGUACAAGAUGCGUUACGUCUACGCUCACUUCCCCAUCAACGUCAACAUCGAGCCCAACCCCGAGACUGGCCGCGCUGUUGUGGAGAUCCGCAACUUCCUCGGUGAGAAGUACGUCCGCCGCAUCACUGCCCAGCCCGAUGUCGACAUCGCUCCCUCCGCCAACGUCAAGGAUGAGCUCGUCCUCACCGGUAACUCCCUGGAGGGUGUGUCCCAGUCCGCCGCCGACAUCCAGCAGAUCUGCCGUGUCCGAAACAAGGAUAUCCGUAAGUUCUUGGACGGUCUGUACGUGUCGGAGAAGGGCAACAUUGUUGAAGAGUAAAUGUGCCGCUUGGGAAUGUAUGGGGUGUCCGGGAGAGGUUUCUUUAAUUUCGCCUACUUGCAUAUAGGGAAGCAAAGCGA